GCUCACUCAACCUCAUGGAAGAAAAUGUGAACAUAGGCUUCGACCCCACCGGCAAGCCGAGGAUGAUGGGGGAGGAACCUGGGAACGACACCGGCACUCUUGGGAACUCCAGCGACCCGUUUGGCCGGAACGAGGAGGUUGCCAAGAUCGAGAUCACGGUGCUUAGCGUGACAUUCGUCGUGGCUGUGGUGGGGAACCUGAGCGUGCUGCUGGCCAUGUACAUGAGCCGACGGAAGCCCUUGCGCAUGCACCUGUUCAUGAAACACCUGAGCCUCGCGGACUUGGCUGUGGCCUUUUUCCAGGUGCUGCCGCAGCUCUGUUGGGAGAUCACCUUCCGCUUCUACGGGCCUGACUUCCUGUGUCGUAUCGUCAAGCACCUGCAAGUGCUAGGGAUGUUCGCGUCCACCUACAUGAUGGUGAUGAUGACGCUGGACCGCUACAUCGCCAUCUGUCACCCKAUGCAGAACAUUCACCAGCCCACGCAGCGCGCCUAUAUGAUGAUCGGGGCCACCUGGGUGUGUAGUCUUGCCCUGAGCAUGCCCCAGUAUUUUAUCUUCUCACUGAGCGAGGUCCACCCGGGCUCGGCCGUGUAUGACUGCUGGGGACAUUUCAUCCAGCCGUGGGGUGUGCGCGCCUACAUCACCUGGAUCACCGUGGGCAUCUUCCUCGUGCCCGUGGCCGUGCUCAUGCUCUGCUACGGCUUCAUCUGCCGAUCCAUCUGGCUGAACAUAAAGUACAAGACCCAGAAGAGCGCGAUUGCGAUGGCACUUGUGACCAAGAAUAGGCUGAUCGGGAAGAGUUCAGUCAGCAGCAUCACCACCAUCUCGCGCGCCAAGCUGCGCACAGUGAAGAUUACUUUCGUGAUCGUGCUGGCGUACGUGGUKUGCUGGGCUCCGUUUUUCACCGUACAGAUGUGGUCGGUGUGGGAUGAGAGCUUCUCGUGGGAUGACUCCGAGAACACCGCAGUCACCAUCUCGGCUCUGCUGGCCAGUCUGAAUAGCUGCUGUAACCCGUGGAUCUACAUGAUCUUCAGCGGCCACCUCCUCUCUGACAUGGUCCACUGUCUGCCGUGCUGCCGGAGGCUGUUCCACAUGUUCGGCCAUCAGGACUCGAACAGCAGCAUCCGCCGCACCACACUCCUGACCCGGGUACCACCCCCGGCCCUACCCCGGCGGAGCUCAGAGAAAAGCUCYUGCAAAGAUUGUAUUCACCACUCCCACAGGAACUGUCAAUCAAUCCCAGUGGAGUCUUGACCGCACGCACACACUAAACACUGUCCAUAUGGUUCAGUUUAUGCGCCACAGCGACGACGGCUGUCRUACGUUAAGGGAGAGGCUUAAUGGAAACAAUGUGAACAGAGUCAGUGCAUCCAUCUGUCCUGUAGAUUGUGUUUCUGCUCAGAGAGGUAUUCAACACUCAUCAAUCCGUCAGUGGAAAUGUGGCAGGCUAUAACUAGGAUAUCCUGUCUCUUCUUGCUAAAUGUGAACUGACACAGYCAGGAGGCAUCUAAAACCCAGACACUACUAAUAUGUAUGCUCUUACAGGCUCUUAUGGGCCCAGACUCAUGCAGCGAUCAGAAUCGUUGCCAUUAACCAGUCAUUCCAAAUGAACCGAGAGGUCAGGUCUGUCAGUAUGUGUUGUUCAGUAACUCAUCAUAUGCCUAAUAUAUGGUAAUUGCAAUUUUUAAAUGACAGGUUGACUGUGACUUGAUGAUUGURUGGUUAUGUUUACGUUUA